AUGGCCGGUCCGCAAAUACAGGAUUCAGCUUUGGAAAGCCGUGCCAGGGUGGCCUCGCCCUUUCGGGGGGUGGAUCUGGAUGGCGAUAAGCUGGACAACCUGGACGAGUGGUACGCGGACACCAUCAGCGGAAAAGGCGGGCCACCCACCGGGUUCAUGAAGGACCUCUUUCUGAGGAGCUUCUUCGGAAAGUACCGCCAGAGCGGGUGGUUCAAGAUGUCCCGGAAGUACACCGGCCACAACCGUCAGCCCUGCGAGAACGACUACCAGGCUGCCUAUGAGCUCUUCAAGAGCAGCAUCAAGAACAACAAGCACUUCUAUGGCCAGGACGAUGGGAAAGGUUGGUUUUGGCUGGUGGCUGGGCAGAAUCCGGGAGGUCUUUAUCUCUACGUCACGAAGGCGCCCCCGUAUGGGGAGCGACCCUUGGCGCUCAUCAAAGAGAGCAAUCCCGAGGAGUUCUUCGAGAAGGUGAAUUGGCACAUGUGCUUCGUCCGUUUGCACAAGUGGAACCUCUGGGGUGGCAAGGCGACAGAGUUCCCAUACCCCAUGAUGUGGAGACUGCGGAAUCAGUGA